GCCUUACGAGCACGUCGUCCUUGACGUAUUAUAUUUUAAAUAUAUGUCUAUGGAUAUACAAAUUAAUUUUGACAUAUUAUAUAGUUUUAAAAGUGAUUACGGUGUUUUAUUAUAUAUUUUUUUAAUUUAUUAUAACGUUUAGUUGAAAUUUUAAUUAAAAAUUUUACAAUGUACGGGUGGUUGUUGGAGAGUGUUCAACACUUCAUAGUGGAAGAAUGUGGAGAAGAAAUUUGGGAGACGAUUCUUCGGGAAGCCGGUGCAAGGAAUACCGUCUUUAUCACGAGACAACAAUAUCCAGAUACUCUCAUGCCGCGACUGGCUUGCGCUCUAGCCAGGCUUUUGACAAAAGACCCACUUAGUCCAUCACCCUCAACACCAGGAAGUCCAGCACCGAGAAAACUUUCUUUAAAAUCAAAACCAGCAUGGCGUAGUUCUUCAGUUCAUGGUGACACCAGAACUCAAACAUUCAAAUGCCCCUUCACGGCCACUAAUGCUCUGACAGCAGUUACAAAGAAAGAAAUAGAUGCGUACAAUUCAUCAGAAGAAAUAAGAUCUCCAUUACAUACUGCUCUAUCUACUGACAAAAUAAAUAAAUCCGAGGAAUUGGCUAUAGUACCGUACCAAAUGGCAGUCAGAGACAGACGAAGCUUAGGGGUCCAUUUAGAGCGGAAUGCUUACUUAGAAGAAGAUGGAGAGAAAGCUGAAGAAACUAUCCCAGAAACAGAUGAUAUUGAAGAAUCUGAGAAAACUGAAUGUCCUUCUUCUGUAGCAAAUGCUGGAAGAAGAAGUUCGUUAAAAUCCACUUUGAGGAAGAAUAGCUGUACCGUAGCAUUAGAUAUCAACCGACGACGUAGUUCUGGUGUCCCAGCCCGACCAAGGUUAAAUAGCUUAAGUUUGGUAAAUGCAGACCGCUUGAAUACUUUGAAGGAAAAAUUUGGUACACCUGAAAAAGUAAUGCAUUUCUUUGGUAGAUGUUUCGUGAAAUUCUUUUCUAACUAUGGUUAUGAUACCAUGAUUCGCGCUACGGGUAGAUAUUUUUGUACGUUCCUGCAGUCCGUGGACAAUAUUCACCAGCGUAUGCGUUUUACAUUUCCGCGCAUGCGCUCGCCGAGCAUGCAGCUCACUAGAGCGCAUAGGCAUGGCGCAGAGCUGGUGUACAGCAGCGGAAGAGCUGGUUACACCCACUAUCUCAUGGGUCAGCUAUACGAAAUAGCAGAAGACAUCUUCUCGCUCAAAUUGAAGGUAUCCAUCGUAAAAGAGAGCUUGGAGGGCAACUAUUAUGUAGCUGUUCUGAGACUCGAAUUCGAUAACGGCGACUAUGUUCAAUCUCUGAUGGCUCGGAAAUCUCUUCCUUGUCUUCUGCCGGCUGUGCCAGCUUCGCUCCUGCUUCAAUUGUUUCCUUUCGGCGUUAUGCUCGAUAGAAAGAUGAAGAUAAUAAAAGCUGGUGAAAAGUUAAGGGAAGCGUGGGGUGGACCUUACAAUCGCAUUGAAAAAGUUUCUGUUAAUGAGAUUCUCCGGUUGAGGAAGCCUAAAGUGUCGUUCACAUGGGACAAGGUAGUAUGUAUGCAGACUAUGAUGUUCGAACUGGAGUUAAUGCGAUGGCGCGCGCGCUGCGUCAGUGAUUCCCGACGCGGGUCGCAAGGCGCGAGAGCCGUUUUGCUUAAGGGACCUAUUUAUUUCCUUGAAGAAAUUGACGCUCUUAUAUUUUUAUGUAGUCCUAUCUUCAACGACCUCGAAGAGUUAAAACAAGCGGGUCUUUAUCUGGCAGACAUGAACGGACACGGGUUAUCUAAAGAAAUGCUCCUACAAGGCUGGCAACAUCUUUCACGAUUGGAACUGCUCUUUGAAAAAGCCGAAACAAGAAGUCUUUCAUUAGAGAAAUCUUGCCGGCUGGUAGAGCAGUGGAAGAAGAGAGGGGAUCAGUUAUUGUACUCAAUGAUACCUAAAAGUAUUGCAGAUCAAUUGCGUUCCGGUAUAUCUUCGAUGCCUCCUAUGAAAUUCGAUUCAGUGACCAUAAUGUUCUGCGGUUUACAACUCAAUGAGGCUAUAACGAGAGCUGAUGUGAUGCAGACAGUCGCCUACAUGAAUGAUGUGUACUCCAGGAUCGACAGGUUGCUAGAUACUCAUCGGGUUUACAAGGUUGAAACAGUGGGGACGGUAUACAUGGUGGUGUCGGGCGCGCCUAAGAAAAACCGUGCACAUGCGCAGGCGACGGCGAGCGCCGCGCUGGCGGUGUCGCAGGCGCUGCCCAUGCUCACUAUAGGUCUUCAUUCGGGUUUGUGCUACGCCGCUGUGCUCGGUUUCCGGCAACCACGGUACUGCCUGGUUGGAGACACCGUCAACACUGCCAGCCGGAUGCAAACGACGAGUGAGCCUGGACGCAUUCAGAUCUCAUCUCGAACGGCAUCUGAACUUCCAGCAGGAAAAUUUAGGCUCCGUCGCAGAGGCCUCAUCAAAGUCAAAGGCAAAGGCAUGAUGGAAACUUUCUGGCUUGAAGGAGAAAUCGAAGAGAAAGAGCAAGACGAAGCCCUGCAAAUGCUAUCUGCUCUCUGUGGCGAAGAUUGAAUAGUAUCCAUUGAAAAAUGGAUCGAAAGAAUAUAUUAUUAAUUUUAUUGUUCUAUUAUGUUUUAAUAUACUUCGAAAAGUAAAUUUGAUAAUUAUAUCAAAUUAGCUCCCAUGAAUCUCCUGUAGA